AACGCCUGCCAGGGAAAAGUUGAACAAUUUUCCACAGCAAGACGAGACAUUUGCCAAGGGAAAAACCAGCUGUCAGCAUUUGUAGAGUAGUGUUCGGUUGGAGUGCAAGUGUUAGUUUUUUUUAGUUCCUUCUAGAAGUGCAUUUCAUUUCUUCCGGUGCGCGUGGCACUGCCUCUUCCGGCGUAAAGUUACUACGCAAUACGCAAACAAAGUUUUUUGCUUGUUUUCUUCUCGAGUUGUUUGUGUUUUUCUUAUGUUCUGUUGCUGAAAAAGGUAAACAAAAUUCCAGCAGAGCUCGAACGAGAGACAUAUUCCAGCUACUAUGAGAAGUCGUUGAAGUGCGCGAAACUGUGAAGCCGUCAGUGUGGUAACGCAGUCCUGCAACCAACACUAGAUACACUAGCAAACGCUUGUGCAACAACAACUGCAACCUCUGAAGAACCUCAAAAUGGCCAAGUACAGUGUGGUGUUUGUGCGCCACGGCGAAAGUGAAUGGAACAAGAUGAAUCUCUUCUGCGGCUGGCACGACGUUGGGCUGAGCGAGGAAGGAGAAUGGGACGCGCUGGAGAUAUCGGCCGCCUCGCUGAAGCGCGAAAACAUCACCUUCGAUGUGGCCUUCACGUCGUGCCUCCGGCGGGCCAACCAAACGCUGGACGUGAUCCGGCGCGAGCUGAAUCUCGGCCACAUCCCGGUGCACCAGCUGUGGCGGCUGAACGAGCGCCACUACGGCGCCCUGACCGGGUUCAACAAGCGCCAGAUGGCGGACAUUUACGGCGAAACGCAGGUGCAGGUGUGGCGCCGCAGCUUCAACGUUCCGCCACCGGCGAUCGAGCCGAACAACCCGUACUACGGUGCCAUCCGGAACAACCCCAAGUUUCGACACAUUGCCGAGAAGGACUUCCCGCUCACGGAAACGCUCGAGACUACGAUGCAGCGGGUCGUGCCCGAGUGGACCGAUACGAUCAUUCCGGAGGUGCGCGCCGGCAAGAAGGUGCUGGUGGUGGCCCAUGGAACGAGCCUUCGGGGACUGGUCAAGCAUAUUCAAGAUAUUUCAGAUGCCGACAUUAUGAAGUUCAAUCUGCCCAACAGUAUUCCGUUCAUCUUCGACUUUGACGAGAACAUGAAGAUGGUCGGCGGCAUCCGGUUUCUCGCGAACGAGGACACCGUCAUCAAGGCGAUGGAGAAGGUCGCCUCGAUUGGCAAGUAGACGCUGGUAAAAUCAAAACUGAGUAGGAACUCUACCUCAUUUUACACGGGCGUAGGAAAGCGAUGAUGGAGUGAUUGUUUUAGCUUCUGUUUUGAUAGGUUAGGAACGAUGCACGAUGGUUGAUUCGGAGGACGGUAGUUCCAGUUUAAUUCUGGAGAUUUUUUGGAUAGGUCCAAUAAACCAAAUUUUCAGUUUUUUGCUUUUUGGGUGUUUGACUCAAGGCGGUUUCAAAAACACCCAAAAAUCAAAAACUGGAAAUUUGGUUUAAUGGACCUUUUUUUUUAAAAAAACUACAGAAUUCUUUCAUACAAUACUUUACCUUACGUCAAGCAUGCUUUUUGUUCGUGAUGAAUCUGUCGAAAUGGAUUGCGAGUUGAGGAUAAGAUUCUGAGUAACCGCCAGCCCGAGAUAAUAUGAAAGAGGUUAUGUUUAUUCUAGCCGGUGCAUCGUACUUGUUUUUAUCCUAUGUUUGUUGAAAUUUUUAUCUCAGAUUAUCGCUUAUACUGAUAUACAAAAGCUGGCAGAAAACUAGGCACCAGUUAGUUGUGUAAGUUAUCUUUGUUUAUUGAUAGAUAUAAGUAAGGCUAUUAUGAGUAAUAUUUAUUCUAACCCUCUUUGGCUAGAGCAGACUGAGCAAGGUAAAUAAAAUAAAUUAGGAAUUUGCAUCUGCCCAAGGUAA